AUUUUUUGUUUAGAGCCUGUGAAAGUCGACGAUUCGGAUAUUGUAUUUGGAGAGGAGAUCGUUGUCACAAAAACUCCUAGCGUCGGAGGAGGAACUAUUGUGUGAUGCCAAACUGGAGUAAAAGUUUUAUAAACCAACUCAGCUCUUAAAACUGUUUCAGAAGAGUUACCUCAUCUUAGGUCCUGAAACCCUAAACCCCACCCUGCGACAUUUAUCCUUUCCCAACGCGGACAAACCGGAGCGACUUCUAACCCAACAUAUUAUGAAGUUAUUGUUAUGGUCUAUUUCUUUGCACUAGGUGGCGUUGGAAGUUACACUGAGGAAGUGCAAUUUUCUACCGCAGAAACUGGGAUUGGUGAAACGGAAGAAGUAAGUGGACAUAGUAGUGUUGGCUCACCACAAAUGUUACCUAGGCAGGCAGUCGCCGGAACACCAACGCCAAAAAAAUUGGACGUCAAGCUCUGUCAUCAGCUGGGAAGAAAGGUGCUCUCAGGGCUAAAGGGAAAUCGUCAGCUACAGACAAGAAGACAACAUAGGACAACAUACUGCGCCUUAGAAAGAGAAAGCUCCAACUAA